AUGGAGGAGGAGCCGGAACGAGACGAUCGCUCCGGCGAGACGCACGGUGAGGCAGACAGCGGUCUAAGGGAAGUUUCCCGGACGACGGCAGCGUCUGGUCCUCCAUCACCGACGAGGACGACGAGUGAGAGUGUUGCUCGCGGCCGUCGGACGGACGUGGAAAUUUCCGCGAACGGACGGCGCCGCGCCCGCACACUCUCUCUGCCGAGACGACGCAUCGAGCCGCAGAUCCCCCUGACAAAUGAGGAAUUUGCUGCCGCCAUCGCCAUGCUGACUCCCCAGUUGCCUGUCGCAGUCGCCACGACAGCUGCCGCGCCAGCAGUCGCACCAGCCGUGGUAGCUACAGAAGCCGCCACGCCCUCACCAACGUCCAGGCUGGCAACACCCGACGAGCCUGCUGAGGUCGAGAAAACCUCACGGAAGGGCCCAGCCGCGGCCGUAGAGGACACUCCCUCCCCCAGGCAAGUUCCGAUCGCGCCAGGCGGAAGAAGAGGAGGGUACGCCGCAGGACGACGACCGCAUCGCCGAGGAAGCCUGACUAAGGCGGCUUCAUCGCGCCUCCCGGCGCCACACAGCGAGAGCCACGUCGUUUGGACCGGUGACGCCGGAACAGGUCGAGGCUGCAAACCUGUUUGCAGACCUACCGGAAGUAGCCGAGACCGACGGGGACGGGACCACAUCGACUACGGCGACGAAACCGCCCCGCCGCCCACUGCUGAUUACCAUCCAGUGAAGUGA